GGUUUUCUGAGGAAAGAGCCUCCGUUUUAUCUCACAAGCGCUUGUACUCUGGGCAAUCGCAAUUUUAGAUGGCAGUUCUCGCAUGUUUACUUACUUCCCGUAUGACGCUCCGAUAUUUGAGUACUUACGUAGGGUCUAAAGCGUCGGCGUCGCUACUGUCCGAGCAGCUGACUACAGGCUUCUAAAGAUAUAGAGGAUUUGGUCCAGCGACCGUGAGUUUGCUCCUUUGCGCUGGUGCGUGUUUGGUUCCGCUCCGCUACGCUACCAGAUUCUUCUACCGCGCACCACUAUUGGCGAGUUCGUCCCUGCGACUGUUGACGGUAGUGCCCGUCUAGAAGUGGCAGCAGCUUGGCAGCAAACGGUAGAGUAGCGACCGACUGUGCUCCAGGUGCCCCGCGACUGCUCUACAUAGGCACUGAACCACUUCGACAAAGUAAAAAAGUUGAGAUUGACUUAAGACCCGAGUUGAGAUCGAGUCGAAAUUUGCAUGAUCUGGGCAUUCAUUAGCAGCGACGCUUCUAGUGCCCAAAAUUUCCAGAACAAGCGUCCGCGCGUGUAGGUGGAUAGGAUAGCUGUGCAAGGUGCUUUUGUGCGUCCCCACGACCGUUGCUUCUGUCCAAAGCAUGAGGAUGAGCUCCCUCGUGCUCGACCGGGUGGGCAGUAAAUCUGGAUCUUGCAUAUUCAGGGCGAGCUUUUUUUCAGGUGAAAAAAGCUGCAAUGUUUCCACUCCGUCGAGAUCGAAUCGAGAGUAAGUUGAGACCGAGUGGGCACGGACAAAGUAAAAGUUGAGACCGAGUUGCGAUCGCGCUCGCUGGAAUCGAGUUGCGACCGACCGAGUUGAGAUCGACUUGAGAUCGACUUGAGAUCGAGUUGAGAUCGAGCCAUCCUCGAGUUGAGAUUUUCACUCUUUUUUCACUGAAAAAAGGAACAAGCUUUUUUUCAGCUGAAAAAUCGCGCGGCGCUUUUUUUCAGCUGAAAAAUUGCACCUUUGCGCUUUUUUUCAGCUGAAAAAAAGCACAUUUGGGCUGACAAAAAAGUGAAAAUCUCAACUCGGUCUCAACUCGAUCUCAACUCGGUCUCAACUCGGUCUCGAUUCGGUCUCAACUCGAUGCCAACUCGAUGUUGCCAACUCGAUGCCAACUCGAUGUCAGCUCGAUCUCAACUACAUCCCAACUCGGUUCCAGCUUGCUCUCCGCUCGAUCUUGGUUCAAUCUCGAUGUGUUGCUCAUCAUCUUCGCACUUCUCGAGUCUCGCCGGGGCUGGAAGUUGAGCCAUGAAUUCGCGCUCGAACAAAGCGUCUUGGCGGUUUUUUUCAGCUGAAAAAGUGCGCCUUUUUCCUUUGCGCGCUUUUCAGCUGCAAAAAGCACAACUGGGGCGCUCGUUCUAGCAGGACCAGGAGUAACUCUGAACAUUUAUACGAACGCCCGCGACACAUUUAGCCACAACGCCGGCACUGUUUGAACUCGAUCUCAACUGGGUCACUGGGCAAUUUCCCGAAAAAGUCUUUGUCGAUGUGGUUCAGUGCCAAUUUACAUCGAUCCAACUGUGCUCCAGGUGCCCCGCGACUGCUCUACAUCGAUCCCUGUUCCGUGGGAAGCAGAGAAGAUCGUGGACACGAAAUUGCGAGGUAGCGUCUCGUGCGAACAUACGCAGUAGAAGUUCAACUUCCACUACGGUGCAGGCUCCAGCUCCAGGCCGUAAAAAAGAUGAACAACUUGACGCACAGUGCUAUCAUCAAGGACAAGCUGGCCAAUCUUGGCCACAAAAUCGUCCACAAAAUCGACCAUGCGGUGAGUGCUUCUUUCUUUUAGGUGGUAGGGCAGCUGACCCUGACGUUAACGGCUGCUGUUUCUUCGGUUGCUGCGAGCCAGGACACAACGGAUUACAUUAGAAAUACUCAUAAAAAAGUAACCCUACAGGGGAUAUUAAUUGUAACAAAUCUCGUUCAACAGGUCUCAAAGAUGGUUGAAGAACAGCACCCGACCCUGGAGAACCCGGUAAAGUUUAAGGUUUGUCACCGUGGGGGUGCGCUCGUGCGGGAAGGUUACGACACCACCACUGCGCAGGUCCACCAGCUCAACUACGCUGAAACGGUCACCAUCGUGGAGGUGGUUGGUCGCAGGGCACGAAUGGUAAGUACUUAAGUGUGCCAAAACAUCAUCGUCGUAUCCCUGAAAUUAUUCCGCGUCGGAGCGUGCUGUUUGAUUGUAGGCGUUGUAAUGUAGCCUUAUACUAGUACUAGCGGACCGCUAGUACUAGAUAUGAUAGAGAAGUCUUCACCGCUAGUAGCGGUGGAGACUUCUACAUGGCAGAUGUCUAGAUAUGAUAAUAUCCUGUAAUCUCGCAGAUCCAACCUGUGUACGGAUGGGUGUCUCUGCGGACGAAGGACGGCGUGAAGAUCCUGGAGCAGAAACCCUUUCAGGGCAAGGUCAACGUGCGUGGGGACAAGGGCUUUGAAAAGGCGUUUGACGAGCGGUUUCAGAAGGUGAAAUCCGCGCAAAUGGAGCACGAGUACGAGCGAAAGAAACAACUCGAAGAACGAGAAGAGGAACUGGAAAAUGCCAAGUAUGUAAAGAAGAGAUUUUUCAACUACAGAAAUACUAUUUUACUACGCGUAGCAGCUUCACGGAGGUUCUAUUCUUCAACGUGUUUUCUGACAACAACAAUGUUAGCCCUUCCACGGCAGCACAACGAAGACCUUUGCUCGUCGGAAUCCUGCGCGUAAUAAUUCAUCGAUGUGCAGCUGCAUGUGCUUCUCAAUAAAUUCAUCAGGGCGUCACCGGCGAACGGGACAUUGUUGGAAGCCGAGCCGGGGAACAUCAAUGGAGGGUUUGCAAAUUUUGCUGGAACAUCAAACGCAGACACGACAGAGGACCUUCUCGACAUGAGUCCUGGAAAGGGAAAGGUGUCUUUGCUUGAAGCACCGAAAGUAUCCAGUUCCGCGCCGAUUCCACGUCUCGGCGCACCGAGCAACGCGCCUGUCAUGGCGCCGGUCAGAAAAAAGCCCUCCGACGAGGACUUUGGCAACUUCGGCUCGCAGCAUGCUAGCAGCUCCUCGAAAAGGUUUUAGUGCAGCCAGUCUUUUUCUUGCCUCAAGAUGAAACUUGUUGAGCGGAUUCAUUGUUUGAAAAAGAUGUUUGACAUGAUGUACAUGGUAUCAAGUCCGUGAUAUGAACUGUCUACAGAUCUUUUGGUGGUGGUGGAGGCGAGAUCGACCUUCUCGGCGGUGACGCGGUUCCUGCUUCCGCUCCCGCACCCAGCAAUGACUUCUUCGGCGACGCGGAUUUCUUUUCCAGUGGCGGCAAAUCUCAGGCUGCUAGCUCGAGUGCCGGCGGUGGAAUAGAUCUCCUCUCAGGUGGGUUUAGCUGUGAAGUUUGCUUCUCUACUUCGUGAGCCUCAAAUUUAUACUUGAACAUGCAAAAAUGGUUUAGCAGCUCGAAAGCAAUUUACAAGAGGAACAAACAGCGGCUUAAGUGAGGAUCUCAAACAUGUAUAGUAUCACUCAAGCAUCUGGAACAACAAAUGUGUUGCAUAAUCUAUCACUGAAAUGAUGAAUAUCGAGUUCUCUCGUACUACCUCUCAUCACAAAAAGGUGGUGGACCGCCUGCGUCAGGCUCGGCGGGCGGAGAAGAUCUCCUUGGAGGCAACGAUGGCUUUGCUACCGGCAGCGUUGGUUUUGACGCGGAUUUCGGAGCGUUUGGUGGGGCUCCGUCCGCGCCCUCCGCCCCGACGGCAGAAUUUUUUUCUGCGGGCGGAAACGACUUGUUGGGCGGCUUCCCCGCGGCGGUCCCCGCACAUCAGUCUGCCCCCCAUGCCACACCCGGGUUUUCCGGUUUCCAGCCGUUUGGUGCCUCGCAGGACCACGGAGCAACAGGCAACGACCUGCUUGGAGGGGGUGCCCUAGUACAACCUGGCGCAGGAGGUGCAGAUCUAUUUGCGAACGCGAACAAUGACGCUUUUCCAGCGAGCUUUCCACAGCCAAAGAUACCAACCAGCCCCCAGAUCAUUCUUACCGAUCGGGAGGCAGAAAAGCAGAAGGCCGAAAAUAAGCCGAAUGACAUUGACCUGGAUUUAUUUGGCUGA